AUGGUGAAAGUCAAAAUUUCUGGGGGUACUGGCGAUGUUGGCCCGACUAUCGUCGAGGUAAUCAAAGACAAUCUGCGCCAUGAGGCAGUAGUUCUCAUUCGGAAGCCGACGGGGGAUAUCUUUGACGUUCCUUCUAUUAUCGUUGACUACGAGAGCAUUGAUAGCUUGAGGCUCACACUUAAGGAAAAUAAGAUCUAUACGGUGACUUCCGCGCUCGGCUACUAG